UUAUGUCUUUGCUAAUAAAGUUAAGUUGACGCAAUUUGAAACCAAGAUGGCGGUGCACAUACCGCUGUCUUUAAAGAUGUCACCCUCAGCUUUACUGGGCUUUAAGUGUCUAUAUACUGAACAGUAUUCUUCCAGAAAACUGCUAAAAUCUUUAACGGAGCUCUGCAGACGAGGAUACUCCGUGAAAGCCCAGCAGGCGGUGGAGGAGGGUGGUGGUGUCAGCGCCGCCGGGUUCAGCGGCCCUCUGGAUCACUACAGCGGGCUGAUCCGAGACGGAACACUGCGGGAGGAUGAGCAUCAGAAAGCGGUGCUACAGAAACUGGAAGAGCUUCACAAAACACUGAGAGGAUACAGCAACACACCGACAUCCAUCUUCUCCAAGUUUUUCACAAAACCCAAACCUCCUAAAGGCUACUACAUCUUCGGUGACGUUGGCACAGGAAAAACUAUGGUCAUGGACAUGUUUUAUUCACAUGUGGAGACUGAAAAGAAGAAGAGGGUUCAUUUCCACGGCUUUAUGUUGGACGUGCAUAAAAGGAUCCAUCGGCUGAAACAGAGUAUGCCAAAGCGGAAAGCAGGGAAAAUGGCCAAAUCCUAUGACCCCAUUGCUCCAGUUGCCGAGGAGAUCAGUGAAGAGGCUUGUCUUCUAUGCUUUGAUGAGUUUCAGGUCACUGAUAUCGCUGAUGCCAUGAUUCUCAAGCAGCUGUUUGAGAAUCUGUUUCUGAACGGAGUCGUCGUUGUGGCCACGUCUAAUCGUCCUCCUGAAGACUUAUAUAAAAACGGGCUGCAGAGAGUCAACUUUGUGCCUUUUAUUGCUGUGUUGCAGAAAUAUUGCCAAACUCUUCGUCUGGACUCUGGGAUAGAUUACCGCAAAAGGAACAGACCUUCUGCUGGAAAACUCUACUUCCUCUCCAGUGAGCCUGAUGUAGAGGCAACACUAGACAAGAUGUUUGAUGAGCUGGCUUUCAAGCAGAAUGACAUAACACGACCAAGAGUUAUGAACGUUCACAACAGAAAAGUCCUUCUGAACAAAGCUUGCGGGACCAUCGUAGACUGUACGUUUGAGGAGCUGUGUGAUAGACCUUUAGGGGCCAGUGACUACCUGGAGAUCUCCAGGCUGUUUGACACCGUAUUUAUUCGGCACAUUCCUCUGCUCACGCUGAACAAGAAAACUCAAGCCAGGCGUCUCAUAACGCUCGUGGAUGCCCUCUACGACCAUAAGGUGCGGGUGGUGAUUCUCGCCGACCACCCUCUGGAGGACAUGUUCGUACACGACGGGGAUCACGGUCACGACGAGAGCCACAUUCUGAUGGACGAUCUGGGCCUGAAAAGGGAAGAAGCCAGCAGUCUGUCCAUAUUCAGCGGGGAGGAGGAAAGAUUUGCCUUCCAGAGGACAGUGUCUCGACUCACAGAGAUGCAGACGGAAGAAUAUUGGUUGGAAGGGGACAGAAGCGCCAAAUCACAGGUUUAACAUUUGGGAAAAGUCGACCGUGUUACACAACGUCCAUACUUCAUACAUUGUUCUCCUCCUCUGCCAAACACAGUCCAGACGGAACAUUACUCCUACUCAUCUUAUCCAGCACAAACGCAACGGGACUGCUCAACAGCGUGUGUGUGUGUGUGUGUGUGUGUGUGUGCAAAUGUUGUACAGAGAAUAUUUAUUGAUAUCUUAAGGCCUUUUAUGACUUUAUUGCGAUGUUGCACUUUACAGAUAAUUUUUAAGAUGAACUUUAGGGUGUCAUAUUGCUUUUAACUCAGUAUCAUAUAGUGGUCCAACUGUAUUUACUUUUAUAAAUCUGUGGGAAAAAGCUGAAUGACUUUGGGAAAUGGAUUUGCAACAAGUUAUUGUGAAGAUUUAAUUGACAUUUUAAUGUAUCUCUUUUGAGAUACGUAAUAUUUUUGAAAAUGUAAUGCAUCUCAAUGAGUUAUAUAUGAUUCUAACACAAGUCUAAAUACAGUGGCAGGAGAUUGGCCUGGG